CAGCUUUAGGUGGUGCUUGUGCAGGAAGAGAGAGAGAAGGCAAGAAGGAAGGAGGAAAUGGAACUGCCAAACCAUGCCAAACAACUGCUGCUGCAACUCAACCAGCAGAGAGCCAAGGGCUUCCUGUGUGAUGUUAUCAUUGUGGUGGAGAAUGCACUCUUCCGCGCCCACAAGAACAUCCUGGCGGCAAGCAGCAUCUACUUCAAAUCUCUGGUCCUCCACGAUAACCUCAUUAACCUUGACACAGAGAUGGUCAAUCCCUCUGUAUUUAGGCAAGUUCUGGACUUCAUCUACACUGGAAAACUCCUGUCCUCGUCAGACCAGAGCAGUGAUCAGAAUUUCAGUGCCCUUUUGACUGCAGCCAGCUACCUCCAGCUCCAUGAUCUUGCAGCUCUGUGCAGAAAGAAGCUUAAGCGCAGUGGGGGGAAACCUUUGCCAGGCAAGCCCUCUACUCCGGGUCCUAUUAGCCGCUUACGCCUCAAUAACCAGCGCCUUUCCUCUUCUACCCCUGCUGGCCCAAAUAACCACUAUCCCUCCACGCCUUCGGAUGCCGACCAGCAGCAGCCAGAUGAAGGCCUUCGGGACAAGCUCUCAGAUGAUGAAAUGUUUGUUGGCAGUUCUGGAAAGAAUGGGGGUAAUGGCAGCAGUAAUGGUAAUCUAAGCAGCGGAGCAAGUGCUGGAGAGCCAGAUCUUGGACUAGACCUUUCCAAGAAGAGCCCUCACUCUGCAGGAACAGCCACUGAUGCCCUCAGCCCUCAUAGCAACUCCCAAGAAUCCCCUCAAUCUGCCUCAGUGUCCACAACCAACAGUGCCUCACUGGAUGACUCCUCAACCCCCCUACCAGGUGUAGACACAUGCACCUCAGAACACAUGGACCAUUCCUCCUCUAAAACCUCAGAGGAGCCUCCAAACCAAUCUGAUGGCCCACCACCCAGCAAAAAAACAAGGCAGGGUGCCCGCAAGAACGAAUGGCCUAAGAAGGAAGUAUCAGGGUUGAAAUCUGAAGAUCAUGACAGGCCUCUGGUCAAUGGGGUGAUUGUCGGUCCUAAAGACGGGCGGUCCUCCACAAUUGGAGGAGGGAAUGGUAGCAGCUUUACUACAGACCAAUCCUUCCAGUGUAAAGAUGAUGAAGAAGUGGGAGAGAAUGGUCAGGACCACAGUGAAGAAAGCGGGCAAAGCGAUGGAGAGAGUGCAGGAGGCAGAGGAGGAGCAGGAGGGGGACACCAAAGCGCUAACUAUGUGUACCGACAAGAAGGUUUUGAGCCAGCAUUCGGGGACAACCUCUACGUGUGCAUUCCCUGUGGUAAGGGCUUUCCCAGUUCAGAGCAGCUAAAUGCUCACGUGGAGACGCACACAGAGGAUGAGCUAUAUAUCAAAGAAGAAGGGGGAACCUUUGUAAAAGAAGAAGAUGAGGAGGAAGCAGAGGACCUCUCAGCACCUGUUGGUCCCUCCAGCUUUGGCUCAGAAACUCGUCCAUUCAAGUGUACCGUCUGCAGCAAGAGCUACAAAGACCCUGCAACGCUGAGGCAACACGAAAAAAGCCACUGGCUAACCAGGCCCUUCCCCUGCAACAUCUGCGGCAAAAUGUUCACUCAGAGGGGAACCAUGACACGCCACAUGCGCAGCCACCUAGGCCUCAAGCCGUUCGCAUGUGAGGAGUGUGGCAUGCGCUUCACACGCCAGUACCGCCUGACGGAGCACAUGCGCGUUCACUCUGGGGAGAAGCCGUAUGAAUGCCAGCUAUGUGGUGGGAAGUUUACCCAGCAGCGCAACCUCAUCAGUCACCUGAGAAUGCACACCUCGCCCACUUAGAAAUGCAUAAAGCCAAAGAACUCUGGGAAUAGAAAACAAAGGAAACAUUUCUCUACCCUUUUUUCCAUCUCAAAAGCAAAGAAAUGCACACAUUCACAGGCAGACAUGCAUAGUUCUACAUAAUAAUUCCAGUUUACGAUGCCCUGGCUGAGUGAAUGAUGUAGCCACUGGCCACAGUGCUCUCUUGUUGAUGGUGAGAUCUUGUUAUAAUGCAAGGAUCAAGUCAUCAUUUCUGUCAAGUGACGUCUGCUCGCCUCUCAGGAGUUCUAGUGGGACGAUUCAACGUCGUCUCUCUCCAAAGUCACAAAGCCAUGGUGGAGUGGCUUGACUUCUGGUCUGUUAAAUGUGAAUGUGGGUACUGAUAUAAUGUCAAACCCCCCCUUACCUCAUACCCCUCGGCAGCCUUUCGCUUUUAAGUCUUUUUGUUUUUCCAUUUGGUCCUCAAACAGUUUGACUCCCACCUGUACACCAGAGCUAUUUUGACCAAAAACCACAAACCAAACAACGCUGGCAAUAAUUAAGCUUUCUUUUUUGUUUUUCCCUUUUUGAACCUCGACAGCUUUAUAUCUAUUGUUUAGUUGGUGGUCAAUAUCUGUUUGAAAGAAGAGGGGUACCUGAGUUUGGGACCAUCUCCAUGCUUUAAUUAAAAAAAAAAGGGUUCUCAUGGAAAGGCGUGUUUGUUUUCACAAAUACUCUAAACCCUCUACGGCUGUUAUAGUUGAUGUAGAGGAGAUUUUUAUGGUUUUGCCUGUUGGCGCCCCAGGAAUGAACCCUGGCUGCAAAGAUGAACCCUUUGAGGUACUCGUUUUACCUUGUCAUGUUUUCAGUGAAUGUCUAAACUGGAAGUUUCUGGGAUUUUUCUUGUGAAGGGGGGGGAGGGAAUCUGGUUUGGUUUAAUGGGGGAUG